GCACGCCGCCCGAAGGAUUGUUCAAAAAAGCCGAAAAUUUCUCUCUGUGUGAUUAUUUUACUUCCAGCCCCGUUCUAAUACAACAGGAGGAUGGCAGAGGCAGGAACAAUUAACGAGACUGAACAGGUGCAGCAGCAGCAAGAACAGGAUCCUCAGCAACAGAUAGUUGUGGAGGACGAGGAUGAUAGAAAACUAUUUGUCGGAGGUCUGCCUCAAGACGCAACACAGGAAGACAUAUCAGAACAUUUUGCCACAUUUGGAGAGAUUGACAACAUUAACCUCAAGACUGACCCUGCUAGUGGCCGGUCAAGAGGGUUCGCCUUCGUUCUGUAUAAGACUGUGCAAUCCCUUAGUGACGCGAUAGAAGCCAAAGAACAUACAGUGAAGAAUAAAGAAGUAGCAGUUAAAAAAGCUCAAGCAAAACAAGGAAAAGUGUAUGUUGGCCGCCUGCAACCUGAACUCUCUGACGAGGAGAUCAAGGAUCAUUUUGCAACAUUUGGAACCAUCGCUAACGUAGAGCAGCCCUUCGACAAAACGAAGAAUGAGAGGAAAAACUUCUGCUUUAUCACCUUUGAGAAGGAGGACGCCGCCAAGCAGCUGCUUAAGCUCGGCACCACCACCAUCAACGGUGUCGAGCUCGACAUCAAGCGUGUCACCGUUAAGGAUCCGGUUAUGGCGGGUCUAGCUCGUGGUCGAGGCGGAUAUGGCGGGUUUGGAUACGGUUACUUUGGUGCUGGUUAUGGAUAUCCUAAUCCCUAUACCGGAUAUGAGCAGGGAUGGGGUGGAUAUACAGGAUACGGAGGGUUUCAAUCCAACGGAGCAGACGCCUAUACAGGAUACGCAAAGAACGGGUUUGGCGGCCGAGGGGUCGGUCAGCGGGGACGUGGGGGCAACGGCGGCGGCCGGGGACGAGGCGCAGCUCAGUCUCCUCGGCAAAACUACUGAUUAAACUUCUCCCUCCUGUAUUAUGCAUGCAGACAGUUAUAUUUUGAUACAUAUGAGUCACUACAGUUUGACUCUGGAUUUGUUUGCUCUUAGAGCAUAUUAUUGUCCUAGAUAAUAACUCUUGGAGCAAACACGGUGACGGAAAUCAUUCGUUAUGAGCAUUUUUAACCCCCUACUCCAGAGUAUGUCCCAAACAUUCCUAAAGAGAACAGUAUCAGAAUAUUUUUUUACUCGUCAUGUUGAAUAAACAUAAAAUAUGAACAUUUUUUACGCUCAAUUUUUCACUGAAACCAAAUUUGCAUGUUCACAUAAAUUUCGCGAGUUGCCGGCCCAAUAGGGCAGAUUUUAUAUCGGCUGUUAAUGUUAUAUGUAAGAAUUUAUUGUAAGUGUGCCCCCUCUCACUAUGGUGGUGCUACGAACAGAUGCAUUGUUUCAGAA